GGUCAGUACAAUUAAUUCAAAAGUCUAUCAUACUGCUACAUUUUUGGGUCUUUUGCCAGCGCAAAUGAUUAAUGUUUAUUUGGGCUCGACUUUAAGGUCAAUGCAUGAAGUCCUUAAUAAUCAUGGGACUGCGGUGACGGGUUAUAUUAGCUUUGGUGUUGAGGUCAUUUGUGGCGUUGCCUUGAUGUUUUGGGUGGUACAAAAAGCUCGCAAAGAAUUAUCGGAAACUUUGCUUACUGACAUAAGCAGCGAUGGCAAAUUAAUCGAUAUACAAGUGUAGCAAGACUGUAGUAAUUUAAUUUUAUUAUUAAAUUAUAAAUAUUUAUAAAAUGAUACUAAACUAAAAACAAAAAGAUAUGAAACGAAAACAUAUAUUUUUUAUUAAUAACUUUUUUUUUUAAUAUGAAAGUUUUUUUUAAGAGCAUUUAUUUAAAGAAAA